UUCUUCUGGGCCCGGUAUCAUGCAUCGAUGCGAGCAACCCUUUCCCGUCAAGGCCCGUCAGCGCAGAUGACUGGCACCUACUUCCAGCAUUGGCCACCACUGCCCUAUCGACGCUGCAGUCCGGAAACUGGACGCUCGAAAGAGCUCUCACAGCUUCACCGUCAUCGACUUCAACAAGCGCACGGCGUAUAAAUCCCCCCCACCAGCCGGCCGCGCUCUGUGGGCUCGGUGGCUGUGCCACGACGCAGUCUAAUCCACUUCUGUUCGUGAUGCAGGAUUUCGUACGCGCUAUCAGCUGCGUGCUCGUACCCGUUCUUCUGGGCCCGGUAUCAUGCAUCGAUGCGAGCAACCCUUUCCCGUCAAGGCCCGUCAGCGCAGAUGACUGGCACCUACUUCCAGCAUUGGCCACCACUGCCCUAUCGACGCUGCAGUCCGGAAACUGGACGCUCGAAAGAGCUCUCACAGCUUCACCGUCAUCGACUUCAACAAGCGCACGGCGUAUAAAUCCCCCCCACCAGCCGGCCGCGCUCUGUGGGCUCGGUGGCUGUGCCACGACGCAGUCUAAUCCACUUCUGUUCGUGAUGCAGGUCAGUAAUCAUCACUGUAUUUUUGCUAAAAAAACAAGCAACCGAUGCCUUGUUCAGCUACCGAGCCCCCAGUGCUGUGUUUGCAUUAUUUCUGAUUGUAUGAACAUUGUGUUUUCUCUGCUGUUACUGUUGGGUGGAGAUAUUGAAACUAACCCUGGUCCGACCACCCUUGAGCAAAUAAUGACUGAACUAAAAAGCUUGUCUUCCGGUCAAUCCCAGCUCAUUAGCGAUGUACAAAUCCUAAAAAGCCAGCUCUCUACCACUGAUAAAGCCAUUUCUGAACUUGGCAAGAGAAUCGACAGUCUAGAAUCCCACUACAGUAGUGUCGAUACACUCCGAUCCGAUCUUGACGCCAUGGCCACCGCCACCUCCCAGACAGCUACCCAGGUCUCUGUACUGGAGGCUCGACUGGACGACGCGGAGAAUCGUUCCAGACGAAACAACUUGUUGUUUUACGGCCUAGCGGACGACAAGCCAUCCGAAACGUAUGCGCAGUCUGAGGAGCGUAUUACUGGGUUUUGUAGGGACCACCUAAAAAUAACUGUCGAAUCCAAGGAUGUCGAGCGUGCCCACCGUCUUGGCCGCCACUCGCAAGGCCGGUGUCGGCCUAUUAUAGUGCAGUUUACAUCCUUCAAAACCAAGGAAGCCGUCCUUGCUAAGGGCCCCCAGCUUAAACAUACAAAUUUUAGCAUCGGGGAGGAUUUCUCGCAUCGUGUCCGGAACGCACGGAAGCACCUACUGGCUUUUGCUAAAGUAAAAUCAGGUCCCUUCCUUUUACGGUAUAAGACCCUUUUUAUGGGAUCCAAACGAUACGUAUUUAACGAGGCAACUGAAAAUGUAGAAGAAAGCUCGUAGCAGUUGCCUUCACGCCCCAGAUCUUCUAA